AUGGGGAAGGUUCUACUUGCAACAGUCCUGGGCUUGGUGUUCUGUCACCUUGCAUCUUCCUUGGAGAUGGGCUGCUACUUCACAAACUGGGCCCAGUACAGACCUGGAACUGGGAAGUAUACGGCCGCAAAUGUGGAUCCCUACCUUUGCACCCACCUUAUCUAUGCUUUCUCAGUCAUCAACAGUGCCAAUCAGCUUGUGACUUAUGAAUGGAAUGAUGAGACCCUCUACAAGGCCUUCAAUGACCUGAAGAGAACAAAUGGCAAUCUUAAAACAUCUCUGGCUGUUGGUGGAUGGAACUUUGGAACAGCAGAGUUCUCCGCCAUGGUGUCAACUCCACAAAACCGUCAAACAUUCAUCCAGUCUGCCAUCAAGUUCCUGAGAAAUUAUGGAUUUGAUGGUCUGGACUUAGACUGGGAAUACCCUGGAACAAGAGGAAGUCCACCUAAGGACAAACAAAGAUUCACAACACUGUGCCAGGAACUUCAUGAUGCCUUUCAAGCUGAGGGCAAAGCUACUGGCAGACCCAGUCUAAUGCUAAGUGCUGCAGUAUCAGCUGGCAAAGGAACAAUCGAUGCUGGAUAUGAAGUUGCAAAUAUUGCCAAGUACCUGGACUUUGUCAAUGUCAUGACAUAUGACUUCCAUGGAUCUUGGGAAAGAGUGACAGGGCAUAAUAGCCCACUUUACAAAGGGUCCCAGGACACUGGACUUAUGAUCUACUUCAACACUGACUUUGCCAUGACCUACUGGAGGGAUCAGGGUACCCCUGUGGAAAAACUCAGAAUGGGUAUCGCAACAUACGGUCGCACCUUCCAUCUGUCAUCUGCAGAUACUGCAGUUGGAGCUCCAUCUGAUGGACCUGCUCCAGCUGGAACCUACACCCGUGAGGCUGGAUUCUGGGCUUACUAUGAGAUCUGUGGCUUCCUGCAAGGAACAACGACUCAGUGGAUUAAAGAUCAGGAGGUGCCCUAUGCCGCAAAGAACAGCCAGUGGGUUGGAUUCGACAACCAGCAAAGCAUUGAAAUUAAGGCCCGUUAUCUGCAAGACAAAAAGUUUGGUGGAGCCUUUGUGUGGGCACUUGAUCUGGAUGAUUUUACAGGACAGUUCUGUGGGCAGGGGAAGUAUCCUCUCAUGAGCCAUCUCCGCAAUCUUCUGAAUAUUGAAUUGCCUCCACUGCCUCCAACCCCUCCCCCUCAACCCGGUCAAUCCUCAUCAAAAACCACCACAACUACCACCACUACCACUAAUGCAUCAGGAACAGGAUUCUGUAAGGGAAAACCAGAUGGACUCUAUUCUUACCCCAGUGACCCCAUCAAAUACUACCAGUGUGCAGGUGGUAGCACAUAUGUGGAGGAUUGUGGUGCAGGGACAGAGUUUGAUGUCAGCUGUAAGUGUUGUACUUGGCCCCAUAAACGCUAA